GAAGACAGGAGGAGGAGGCAGGCGGCAGCAGGCAGCAGGAGGAGAAAGGAGGUGCAGAAGAGGAGACGAUGGGAUGUCCACCUCAGCUCCUGCUGCUGGGAGCCCUGCUACUGUCUCACUGCUGCUCCGUCUUCUCACAGAUCCCCGACCCGGAGCUUAUGCCCACAGACCCUCCAAAGAAGCCCGACCCGGUUACCUCGGAGACAGUGGUGUUCUGGGGGCUUCGUCUGUGGCAGGUCAUCGGCAUCUUCUCGGUGUUCGUGUUGGCCGUGGUCAUCACUCUCUGCUGCAUCUUCAAAUGUCGAAUCCCAAGAACCAAGAAGGAGAUCGAAGCUCGUCACAUUCAGAGACAAGCCGCCAAGAAAUACGCCAACACGCUGGAGACGGUGCCGCCACUUAGCGAGCUCACCGAGAUCCCCGGAUCUGCCAAACCUGAAGAAAAGGAGGAGGUGUCCACCGUCUCCGGGAAGGUGGAGGCCGAAAAAGGAGAGAAGAGCAAAGAGGGCAAGAAAGAGGGCAAAAAGGAAGGCAAAGGUGCCAAAGAGGGGAAAGGGGAAGAAAAGGAGCCUUCAACAAAGAAGAAGGGAGAAAAAGGGGAAAAGGGAGAGAAAGGAGAGAGAGGAGGAUCCACAAAGGAGGCCGGGGGAGGAAAAGGGAAGAAAGCUGCUGCAGAGAAAGGAGAGAAAGGAGGCAAAGGAGGAGCCAAAAAAGCUCCAAAGUGA